UCGGAGGGUACUCACGGCCUGCUAGAAAAUACGUUUGAAACUGAAAAUAUAUAAUACGUUUCAAAACAAAUUACGCCUAAUCGUAUAUGUCGUUCACCUCUUUUAUCUGUAUUCGAACCAGCUUUCUCUGUUAACAAAUAUUGAUAUUAGCUAGUAAGAUUAAUAUAUUACUGAGUCAAGCCAUGAAAAUAACAUUGGUGGGCUCCUUUACAAGGCAGGAUGCCCUAAUGUGAUUUGCGAAAGUUAUUGCAUAAAUCGCGUCAAAUUCAUUCUCUCGCAGGGGCGAGAAGAAAGUCAUAUGCAACAAGUUCAUCCAGCAGAGUGCCGUCACCUGCAUGACUUGGCCUCACCACGGUCCCAUCGUAUUCGGGCUCGCCGAAGGAAAAGUGCGGAGCGCCAACGUCAAGACCAACAAGUCGUCGACGUUGUAUGGUACCGACUCCUACGUUGUCUCUUUGGUCAGCAGUAUCUCGGGCAAAGGUAUCCUCUCCGGACAUGCAGACGGUAGCGUGGUGCGGUACUUCCUCACUGAUGAUGACAGCGGUGAGGUUCAGGUAAAGUGGCGCUUCCUGUUUACCCUUAGGAUUGUUUUAAACCAAGCUUCAUUCUUUUGCUGA